UCCGUUGUCAAAUACGCGUGUAGCAAAAAACAAAGUUGCCGAAUCACGGAGCAAACCAACAAGCUGACUAGCGUCUACCAAAGACACCACCUGAGCCAGGAUUCUUAAUUGGGACCCGAAAUAUUACCAGUCUUGAUAGUGUGCUUCACUCUUUAACGCGAAAUCAUCUGCACUAAGCAGAGAAAGUCUAGCCUGUCUGUAUGUAUCUGUGAUUGUUACUUUGUGACGAGUUACCCAGUCGUGCAAAGUCAGUGUUAUCAUUGCUAUCUAGUUGGACUGAGCCCAGAAAGGUGCCCACAGUCUCAGGGUUUGGUUCGGGGUUUUGUUGACAACUCAAAGGAUUUGGCAUUAUAGCCAUAAGCGAUGUCAGCGGUCGCAGCGAUCGCCCCAAUGGAUUCUGUGUCAGCAGUCACUGAUCCGGUAAAUAUCGGUGGUGGAGAUGAUGCUGAACUCGAGGACUAUUACGUCCGUUAUAUGCGGCUGAAAAGGCAGCUUGAGUUCCUCGAGGUUCAAGAAGAAUAUAUAAAGGAUGAGCAGCGCAAUCUCAAGAAGGAGUACCUGCAUGCCCAGGAAGAAGUGAAACGUAUCCAAAGUGUACCCUUGGUUAUCGGGCAGUUUCUUGAGGCGGUGGAUCAAAACACCGGAAUUGUUGGAUCGACAACCGGAUCAAACUACUAUGUCCGUAUCCUGUCCACAAUCGAUCGUGAACUUCUUAAACCAUCGGCUUCUGUGGCGCUUCACAAGCACUCCAACGCCCUCGUUGAUGUUCUACCUCCUGAGGCAGAUAGCUCAAUCGCGAUGCUUCGACCAGAUGAGAAACCCGAUGUAUCGUAUGCAGACAUCGGGGGUCUGGACAUCCAGAAACAGGAGAUGCGAGAAGCUGUCGAGCUUCCGUUGACGCACUUUGAGCUGUACAAACAGAUCGGUAUUGACCCCCCAAGAGGUGUUCUCAUGUACGGACCACCUGGCUGCGGCAAGACCAUGCUCGCGAAGGCCGUUGCUCAUCACACAACCGCCAGCUUCAUUCGUGUCGUUGGUUCAGAAUUUGUGCAGAAGUACUUGGGUGAAGGCCCUCGUAUGGUUCGAGACGUAUUUCGUUUGGCGCGUGAAAAUUCGCCUGCGAUUAUCUUUAUUGAUGAAAUUGAUGCUAUCGCCACAAAGCGUUUUGAUGCACAAACCGGCGCCGAUAGAGAGGUGCAGCGUAUUCUGCUUGAACUACUUAAUCAGAUGGACGGAUUCGACCAGACGACCAACGUUAAGGUUAUUAUGGCUACAAAUCGUGCCGAUACUCUCGAUCCAGCACUUCUUCGACCUGGUCGUCUCGAUCGUAAAAUCGAGUUCCCUUUGCCCGAUAGGCGUCAGAAACGGCUUAUCUUCUCAACGAUCACAGCUAAGAUGAACCUCAGCGAUGAGGUCGACCUUGAGGAUUACGUCGCUAGACCGGACAGGGUUUCCGGCGCUGAUAUUAAUGCUAUCUGCCAGGAAAGCGGAAUGCACGCUGUUCGAGAAAACCGGUACGUUGUACUGCCGAAGGACUUUGAAAAGGCUUACAAGAAUAACACGAAAAAAGAUGAAAGCGAACAUGAAUUUUACAAAUAAGAUCAGCAACAACAACAAAGUAACGUGUUUCAACAAUUCCAUUAUACUAGCCCCUUAUCAAAAACCACCACAACAUUAAACAGUGACAGAAGAACCUGUCAAACAUAGCAAAGAUACUAAGGAAUAAAUAUAUAGUCAAUAAAAGGAAUAAAAUGUGAGGUCUACAACACACUGACGG